AUAAAUUGGUUGCACAUCAACAUAAUUUAAUUUAUUUAUUGUAUUUGUGUAUGUUUUCGUACUCUUAGUGAUUUAAUAAUGUUUGGAAUAUUCUUGUUGACUGUUAUCAUUUUGACGUUUUCGUCAAUUUUUCUUUAUUUUCGCCAUAAAUCGAGAAUGGCAAUUUCGAAUCUACAAAAUCGUAAUAUUCCUGUGGGAAAGCAGCCAUCAUUUUUCAAUGCUUUAUUGAAUAAUAUACGUAUUGAAUUGAUAUCUCAAGAAAACAUAAAAAAGAUUGGUAAAGUUUAUGGAUGGGAGAUGUUUGGAGGAAUAAAUUUGACCAUUGCUGAACCCGAAUUGAUUCAAUUAAUAUUGAGCAAAGAAUUCACCAAUUUUCCUAAUAGACGAAAACUAAAUACCGAUGAUCCAUUCUUUUCUAACUUUCUGUCUACAGUCGAAUUGGAUAAAUGGAAACGUAUUCGAGCAAUUGUAGCGCCUACAUUUGCUACUGGAAAACUUCGCCGAAUGAAACCAUGUAUGGAUUCAAUUUGUCAGACAUUAAUCCAGAAUAUUAAUAAUGAAUUGGCUAAUUCGAAUGACAGCAUAUUGAAUAUUAAACGAUUCGCCGGUGCAUUCACAAUGGACACUGUUCUACAGGUAGCAUUUGGUUGUAAAAUUGAUUCAUUAAUCGAACCGAAUAAUCAGAUUAUCGUUAUGGCCAGACGACUAUUCAAUACGGAUUUAUCAUUGAAAAACAUUAUUGCAUUUGUAUUCGCUUUUUUUCUCCCACCAUUUUUUUCAAAGAUAUUCAAUAUACGGAUAAAUGGCGAUGUAACGGAUUUUUUCGGAAAAUUUGCAAUCGAUUUAAUUGAACGUAAACGAAAAGAAUUUGCAAAGAAAGAUUUUUCAAAAGCAUCAACAUUCCUUGAAUUUUUACUUGAAGCUGAACAUGAAUUGGAAAAUCAACAACAGAAAAUUGAUAAUAAUACGAAUAAUAAUAUUUCAUUGGAAAAUGGCGAUAAUGAUAAAAAAGCAAUCAAAUAUAUGAACAAUGAUGAAAUCAUUGCACAAUGUGUAUUAUUCUUUUUGGCCGGUUAUGAUACGACGGCAACGACAAUCACAAUGGCGUUAUAUUAUCUUGCCCUGAAUCCGGAUAAACAACAGCUAGCUUAUGAAGAAGUUGAACGAAUUGUUUCGGAAUUUGAAAAUGGUCAACAAAAUGAUGACAAAUUACAAUCAUUAUCAUUUGAAACUAUAGGUAAAAAAUUCGAUUAUAUUAAUGGUGUUGUUAAUGAAACGUUACGUAUGACACCACCGGCGCCAUUCACUGAACGUCGUUGUAUGAAUGAUUGUUUGCUUUCCACUGAAGAUGGUCAAUUUUCGGUUUCGAUUCGUAAAGAUGAUAUCAUACAGAUUCCUAUAUGGUGUCUACAUUAUAAUGAAGAAUAUUUUCCUGAAUCGGAAAAAUUUUGUCCCGAACGAUUCGGUCCGGAUAAUGAUCAUAAAUAUCCAAAUUAUGCCUAUCUACCAUUCGGAUCUGGACCACGAGCUUGUGUUGCCAAAAGUUUAGCAUUGAUGGAAGCAAAAUUAGCAUUGAUUUGGUUGAUUAAAAAUUUUAAAUUCAAUAAAUGUGAUAAAACCAAAAUUCCAGUUGAAUUUUAUAAUCAAGGCGGUCUUCUUUCUCCACGUGAUAUCUUUCUAAAAGUUGAAAGACGAUAAUGUUGAUGUUUGUUGCAAAUGUGACCUUGAUCAUAUUUUUCUCCUUUCUUCAAUCAAUAGCGGUUUUUUUUAUAUUAAAAAAGCACUUUUAUUUUUGGCAUAUUUAUCAAACUUUUAUUUAUAUUUGAUUAAAUUCGAUGACAGCAAUGAUAAUUGUUGCUGUUAAAGUAACUAUUUUGAGAAUAAAAAUCAAUGAUCAUUCAUCACCGGAAAAA